UCUCUGCCGUGUUUGUUUGUUGUUAAGGAGGGCGAUGCAGCGGGCGGGGAGAGCGACGGUGGGUUGUGACGUGAGGGAACCGUUUGUGGAGACAGUAAUUCUGUAGAGGAAAAGAAAACAAGAUGGAUUGGAUGAAAUUACAUUCAUAUUCCCGGAAGAGGCAGACCCAAAAGAAAAUACAUUGUGCUUCUCCGUUGCCAGCUCAAACAGCAUCUGUUGCAAUGGGCAGAAUGAAGAGUAAAGCCAAAGCACCCCAGCAGGACCCAGAUCUGCUUUCCAAGCUUAGCUGUGAUCCUCAGGUGAAAAGAACUGUUGGGCAGAUGAGAAGCACUAUUACAAAAACAUUACCAAAAGUUCAAGAAUACUCUGAAGUGACUCAAAUGGAUUGUCUUUCAUCUGAAGAAAGCAUUGAAUUAAAUUAUAAUGGAUAUAGAAGUAUGGAGGUGACCAACGAUAUCAAUGACAUGGAAACAACACCCUCAAAGGGUUCCUUGCAUUUAGCCUCUGCAAGUAAACAAAGCCUGAGAAAUAGUGAAACUACUUCAGGAAUGACAUUACCAACAGGAGUUUCAGACUUUUUGCUGGAUUGUUUGGAUGUGGAGACUACGCUGGACUGUAGUUAUACCAAGACUAUUGAUUCUACAAGUACUUAUUCAUCACCUGAAAUAUUCAGGGAUGAAGCUGGCUUAGAAGAAGACACUGCUAGUCCUGAAACACACCUUGCGUGCAGAAAUUCAACUCUUUUGGAUACCAGCAAAGCCAUCAACAUAGACAAGAUGCCACAACUGCCAAACCUUUCUAAAAUACUUGAUACCACUUUAGGAAUCCAAGGGCAGAACUCUACCAGCAGGAAACAAACCAAACAGGAACUGCUUUCUGAAUCAACAAAUACUUCAGCUGUAGUAGCAGGGAAACAGGUAUACAAAAUUUUGUCUGCAAAUGAAAAAAUAUGUAAAUCACAGCCUUCUGGAGCUUCGUUAUUGCUUCCUGAACAAAAAAAAAAGUUAGACUUGUUGUCUGUGCAUGAAGCCUCAGUCCAUGACAACUGUUUGGUAUACAAAAAUAGUCCAAAGGUGAAUUCAGAAGCGAUUGUUCCUCUAUCUCCCCAAAGGACCAUUCAUCAGUGUUUAUAUAGCCCACCAGAAAUCUGCUCUAUUAUUAAAGCUUCACCAGGAUUUAGACCACUGAAAGUACUCCAACAUCCAACAAAUAGAAAAACAGUGUUUCUCUCAUCAGAAGCAACUGAAGAUAUUAUUACAAGCUCAGAAAACCGGAUUCGUAGUAAUAAUAGAUGUACAUUUUAGCUGUACUCUCACCAAAACAGGAAGAAAGUAAGUGGAGUACCUUCUGGAUCCCCCUGCAGUAUCUAGUAUAAGCAGUAGGUAUAAUUCAUGGGCAUUAAAUUCAGUUGGAAUGAAUUAUAUUAAUACUGUCUUCAUGUCUUACAUAUUUGAGUAGUUAUGUCUGAUUUCCAGUAUUUAUCUAUAACACUUUCUAUAUGCUUAUGAAUCGCAUAUUUAUUGAAGAAUAUAUAAAACAGUUACCUAGGAAAGAGAUUGUUGGAUUUGCAUAUGAAAACUUAUUAUUUCUCUGAUGACAAUUACUUUGGUUUAUUACUGACAGUGUUCUUAAGGACAAUAUAAAACAUUUAUUUAGUUGAGUUGUUAAAGAGAAAAAAAAGGAAAAACAGGAAAUUGAGAAAAUGGAAGGCAGAGCAUGAUUGAAGUAAAUAUCUGGAUUUUGUAAAUUUGAAACCUGAUGAUAGUUUUAAAGAAAGUUAUGCGGGAAAAUAUACUUCUGGAUGCAUGUAGAUAAAAAUAUUGUUCACAGAUUAUAAAACUAUAAAAGUACAGGUUUAUUUAACUUAUCUUUGUAUAUUAUAUAUAUAUAUACACACAUAGUAAUCCUUGAUACAUCUCAGCCAGAGUUAUUAGCCUGAUCGCCCAAACUCAGCUAAACUGAAGUAUUUGGAUUUAAGCCAAUUCAGGAUAAUUGCUUCUACUUUUCAUUUCAACUAUAUUGAAUAUAAUUUAAAAUGUGAAGAUCUAAUACGUUUGUCCUAUGAAUAUGUAAAAAAAUAAAUUAUUUUUGUUAGAGCAGUUCUUUUUAGCGGAGUAAUUUAUUUCCCUCAAGGCAGAAUGUUAAUCUUUACUGCUAGACUCUAAAGAGGGACUCUUUUGUUUAUUACUUUUGAUAAAGAAGCUUCCAUGGCAGUGUUCUCCUGGCAUGUUUACCAUGGUUUACUUAACCCAAUUUUCUGGACUAACUUAACACACUGAAUUAUAAAAUUAAACAUAUCAGGUUGAGUUUGCACAAUGUAGUAAGCUAAAAUGUAUUUUGCUUCUUGGUGAUUCAGUAUGCUGAGCAAAUCUAGCCUGUAUUCUGCUUUACUCAAUCUCUUCCUUGUACAUUAAAAGCUGU